GGCUAUAAUUUCAAAUUUUAAAGGCCAAACAAGAGAGGGGUACUCGGGUAUAUCCUUCGUGUGUAGUUGUGCCAGUGCUCUUGAAUGCACAGAAUCAUUUGACGGGACAACAGAAAUAAAGCCUCCAAGCAAAUGCAAGAUUCUAAACACCUUCCACACAUCCCCCGUAAACCAGUGAAGCGAGCGAGCGAAAAGGGGAAGAGAAUGACGAAGGAAGAAGCCAUUAGCUCCUCCGGCGAUCCUAUGCUUCCGCCCAAGUCUUCCUCUCCUCCGCCCCCAUCCACUCCCGCUGCUAGCUCUGCCGGGGCGUCUUCUCCUGCUUUUCCAUUGAAUGUUGGAAGCACAGACUGGGCAGCACAUGGCUCCAAAGCAGGGUCUGUUUCCCGUGCUGGUUCACUGCCCAUAGGGACUUCUUUGAGUACCAGUGCUGGUGGUUCUGUUCUUGGAUCAUCACAGCCUUCAUGUAGACCCUGGGAAAGGGGUGACCUACUGAGACGGCUCUCAACAUUCAAACCCACAGACUGGUUUGGAAGGCCUAAGGAUGCAGGAUCUCUGGCCUGCGCUAGAAGGGGCUGGAUAAAUGUGGAUGUUGAUAAGAUUGAAUGCGAGUCAUGUGGUGCAAACCUCAAACUUACUUCCUCAACUACCUGGACUCCUUCUGAAGUUGAUAUAGCCGGUGAAGAUUUUGCAAAUAAACUUGAUGAAGGGCAUAAAGUCACAUGUCCAUGGAGAGGAAAUAGCUGUGCAGAAAGCUUGGUCCAAUUCCCCCCCACUCCUCCUUCUGCUCUAGUUGGGGGUUUUAAGGAUCGUUCAGACGGAUUACUUCAGUUCACUUCUCUCCCUAUAGUGGCUGCAUCUGCAAUUGAGCAUAUGCGAGUUUCUAGAGGUUCAGAAAUUGACAGUUUUCUAGCUCAGUCACAAGCUCUUGGAAGUGCUGAAACUUUCUUUAGGCCAGAGGUUGUGUCCGGAGCUGAAAACUCCAGAGAUGUUUUCCUCAUAUACUCUCGUGCCCAGAAGCUAAUAAGCCUAUGUGGUUGGGAGCCAAGGUGGCUUCCAAAUGUCCAAGACUGUGAAGAGUAUUCUGCUCAGUCAGCUAGGAAUGGAUGUUCAACAAGUCCAACACAAUAUUGUGCUCCUUUACCAGAUUCUGGCCGUGGAAAGAUGGUGCUGUUUUGUUCAAAGAAAAAGGACACUUUUAAAACCGAAGUUUCUUGUCCCAUUUCAAAAGGCGAAUCUAGGUCACCUUUGUUGGAUUGCAGUUUGUGUGGAGCUACAGUGAGAAUCUUGGAUUUUUUAACAGUUUCUCGUCCUGCAUGCUUUGCUCCCAAUAGCAUUGAAAUCCCCGAAACAAGCAAAAAGAUGGGCUUGACACGAGGGGUAAGUGCAGCAAGCGGAAUAAGUGGGUGGAUUGCUACAGAUGGUAUGGAAAAGGAGCAGAUAGAGGAUCAUGAUGAAGCUACAACGGAUGAGAGAAGGCCACUAUCAAAUAAUGGUAUGGACAUUAAUCUUACAAUAGCUGGUGGGCUCUCCUCUUCACAAAUACCGGCAAAUUUAGGUUCUGAUCGAUUCCAAGAUGUGCACAAGAGAAGAGGUCCAAUGAUAGGACAGCCUUCUAGCAGUGAGGCUGGUAACCGUGCUGCUUCAUAUGAGUCACGUGGUCCUAGUUCUCACAAGCGCCAUUUAGAGGAACGUGGAAGCACUGCUGACCGCCCACAGUUGAUGUUACAACAAGCUGACAGUGCCGAGGGAACAGUUAUAGACCGUGAUGGAGAUGAAGUCAAUGAUGAAAGUCAAUACUUGGCUGGUCCUUCAAAACGCCCCCGUGAGUCAUACCCUCUAGAUAUUAAUCACUCAUCAUAUGGGAAAAGUGCAGUUGGUGCUGCCUCUAUUCUGGCAACUGGUUUCGAGGUUGGAAUAGAUGGUCCAAGAGAUGAUCCUUUCAACCAAGGCCACAACCAGGCAUUUGGUUUACCAGCUAAAAGAGAUUCAACACGUGUUUCAUCUGUUAUUGCUAUGGACAUAUUUCACAGUGCUGAAGACUCAAUGGAAAGUGUUGAAAAUUUUCCAGGAGAUCUUGGUGAUAUCCAGUUCCCUUCAACAUCGGGUGUAAAAAGCACAGACCCAUUUGAGGUGUCUGAGCUAAACUAUAGCAAUCAAGCACAACAGAGUGUGUGCCCUGCUGUAAUUAGGAGGGUUGGUGAUAUUGGUGGUAGUAGCACAAAUGACGAGGAAGUAUUAAAUGCAGAUACUGCAACUGCUCACACAAGGGAUGCCAUUAGUUUUGGGAUUAGUGCUGGAAGCAUAGGAAUGGGAGCUAGCCAUGAAGCUGAAAUCCAUGGGAUGGAAACUUCUGUGCAUAGAACUGAUAGCGUAGUUGGUGAUGUGGAACCAAUUGCUGAAAUAACUGAAAACGAGGGUCAAACUGGUGAAUUUGGUCCUGAUCCUGGCCUUAUGGGUGACUAUGUCCCUGAGGAGAUAGACAUGGAGGACCGUCAUGGUGAUAGUCAAGAUCUAACAUCUCGAUUAGUGGGAAGAGCUGACAGCGGUUCAAAAGUUUUUGGCUCAACCAAGGAAGAAUCCACGGAGAGUGCUGAGAAGCCUAACCAUGGGCCUCCUCUGCCUGAUAAUAGAGCACAUCCAUCUUUUUCUCAGAAUGCUAUUAUAUUGUCUGUCUACGAGACAUCAAAGGAAGAAGUUAACCAGGCUGCCAAUGCAGUGGCUACUGAAGAUGGUGGACUUGUGGUGGAAUCAGGCUUUUUAUUUUCGAAGGGGGCAGGUCCUCCCAACGGAGAAAGUGGAUAUAAAGAUGCUGUUGAAUUUGAUCCUGUUAACCACCAUAACCCCUUCUGCCCUUGGGUCAAUGGAAAUGUUGCGGCAGCAGGCUGUACCAGUAGUGGUGGUUCCAGCUCUAGUGCUGGUGCUCUUGCUCUUUGCGGUUGGCAACUAACUUUAGAUGCUUUGGAUUCCUUAUCAAUCGGAAACAUUCCUGUUCAAACUGUGGAAUCUGAAUCUGCCGCUUCGCUGUAUAAGGAUGAUCAUCGAUCUGCUGGUAAAAGAAUCUUGCCUCGAAACUCAUUUAGCAAAAGCCGUGGGGGGGAUUAACUGUAAAGUCCAAGAUUGUAUAUGUCACAUGACCCGGUGUUUCUUUCCCUUGUGGUGUUCCAAUGACGAGGAGGUUCUGUUGCCCGUUUGUGGAGUGACAGAGAUGAAUUUGUAGGUGCAGCAACUCCUAGUGACUGCAAUUCCUUGCUCAGUUUAAUUUUAUUAGUAAAAUAAGUAGUCUGAUAACUACUCACUCUCCUAGCAUGGCUUUGCCAAUAUAGGUUGAGAGAAUUGCCAACAAGAUGGGAUAAUAUUUUAUUAUGGUAUUUGAUAAGAACGUUACGGAGCCCCUUGUUUAUUCAGAGUGUUGGAAUGGAAUUUCUCUUCUUGUCAUAACACAAAUAAAUAAGUAUACGGUAGGAUUGUUAGGUUGAAGACGAGAUCGCCUCACUUGUAUGAAUUCUAGUUCUGCACACGUACUUCCGUCGUGUCUUUUUAAUUUAU